AUGCCUCGACCUAAGAAGCCAGGAAGCGCGGAGCCCAAGAAGCGCAGUCGCAAUGGCUGCUGGCCCUGUAAGAACCGCAAGAUCAAGUGUGGAGAAGAACGACCAAAAUGUGACAACUGUGAACGCCAGGGCGAGACGUGUGACUACAGCAUACGUCUGAACUGGGAAGGGCGGUCAAAGAGGAAAGGAAGCAAUGAAACUCAGGCCUCCUCCAACGCAACCUCUCCGCCGGCCAAGCUUCAUCGUUCGCCCAGCUCCCAAGAUACUGUCUCAACCACUUCCACCGUCUCGACCAUAAGGGAACUCAGUCCGAACCCAGCAACCGGCUUCAUGCCCACACAAUAUGCCAGUCCAAACUACACGAGCUCGCAUCCUGCUCAGUCGUCUCCCUACCGGGACCACAUCUCAACGGCACAAUUGAGCCGCAUCCGCGAUCAAGGCACCGGCACAUAUCCAUCUCCAGCCGACUCCAGCAUGGAGAGCCCUCCUCUCCCGAAUCCUUCAAAUCUACCCUACGGCGGCCAUCAUCAUUCCUUGUCCAAUGGUGGGAUGCCUCCCCCCUUCCAGAGCCCACAGUUCUCCUUCCCGAACCACAUCAACCCGUAUGAGACUCCAGGUGCAGCCUUUGCAGAUCAUACAGCGAAGAAACUACGUCUCAGCCCUUCUAUAGAUUCAUCAGACGCUUAUCCAAAAAAUCCGGCCUUCCCACCCAGCAACUUCGCCGCGGCGAGACAAAUGAAGUUGGGUCCGAUGAUAUCUCCGCAGUCCAUGCGAUAUCAGUCGUCGAGUCCAUCCAAUGGAAGUGUGCGUGUGCCUCUUACGCCAGCAGCUUCGUCUGCGGGUUCUGAAGACAUCCAUCAAUCAAUGACGGGACCCUCGCCACAGCAGCUACAAGACUCUAAUGACUUCCGCCGCUUGUCUGUAAAGUCCCUACUGUCGGAAGACUCGCCAGCCGACUCAGCGAGCAGCAGUGAUAGUGUCUUCCCCGGGAAAUUGAACAUUGGCCCUUUCCACUACCAGAAGACAACGUACGGCGUUGAUCGUGGUUUCCCCGAUCUCGAUCUGCCUCACAACAAUGACAUGAUAGCACUGAGUGGUGUGACGCCGACCAUGGGCAUAGCCGAUCUUGACAGGAACGAAGCUGAUCUCGGCAAUGAAGAUUUGUACUCAGAGUUUGGGUUUGGUCUAAACGCAUCAGAAGGGUUCAAUGAAGGUUCGGGCUAUUACGCCAGCCCAGUCACGGUCAGCAUUUCCAGGUCCUUGGAACCAUUACCGCCAACGCUCCAAGACAAUCCAAUGAACCUACUCUACUUUCACCAUUUCGUCAACCACACUGCGAGGAUGCUCGUUCCACACGAUUGCUCCGAGAAUCCAUUCAAGAGCAUCCUGCCCCAGAUGGCUAUACACGACACGAAUCUCCUGAAUCUAAUACUAACAUACUCCGCCAGUCAUCGAUCGCGCUUACUCAAUCAUCCUGAACCAAUAACCAGAAUCGCACUUUGGGUUCAAGACGUCUUCCCUGCUCUUCGACGUACACUCAGCGACCCUAGCGGUCACAUAUCCAACAGCAAUCUUGCGACAGCUAUAUUGCUAGCAUCGCUCGAGAUCGUGAACCCAAGCACUUUUGAGGUGAAAGUCCCUUGGCAGCAGCAUCUCCACAUUGCCCGACGAAUGAUCUUAGCUCGAGGCGGUGCCAAUUCCGUGCACCGUAGGGACAAAGCCUCGUAUUUUCUCACUCGAUGGUUCGCCUACCUGGACGUGAUGGGUAGCCUGAGUGGUGGAAGGAACGAUCGACCUCUCUUCAGCGGCGACUACUGGGCGACCGAUAGCUCGGAUAAAGACCAAGACUACCAAAUUGAUUGCCUACUCGGCUUUACCAGUCGCUGUGUGUCCAUCCUUGCUAAGAUCGCUGAACUGGCUCGAAAUUGUGAAAACGAGCGCAUAGAUCCGGCUGGCUAUGUCAGAGAGGACUGGCAGCCGUCAGUGGAGACUAGGAAAGAGGCAGAGAGGUUGAAAGCUGAUCUAAUGGAAGCCAGGAUGCACAGAUACCAAGGUUGUCCACAUCGACGAGCAAGUACGCAGAUCGAGGACAGCUCUUACAAUCUCGAGCUUGUCACCACCAACGAAGCCUUCCAUCACGCCGGCCUGAUCCACGUGAACCGCAGGGUGCUGGGUAAAUCAUCCAUGGACCCGGAAGUACAAUUUGCAGUCCACGAGAUCGUCAGCGCGCUGUACAAAGUGCGCAAAGGUGGCACUGCGGAAGGUUGUCUGCUGUUCCCAAUGUUUACUGCGGGUUGCGACGCGCAGGAACCGGAGCAGCGUGAGAGGAUCAUGGAGAGACUGAAGAGGAUGGAAGGACUGGGUAUGAGCCAUGUGAGGAAGGCAAGGGCCCUCAUGGAGAAGGUUUGGGAGACUGGACGGCCCUGGGAGACCUUGGUCACUGGGGAAGACUUCUUCGGAUGA